AUUUUAGCAAAAAAAAAAAAAGCGAACUCGAUAAAAAUAACAAAGAAAAACAAAAAUCCCUUUAGGGCAGGACACAAAGAGGAAGAAGUACUUCGGCAAGAAUCAAUCGCUUCUACUGGUGCUGAAGAAGGAAGAUGGGGUUAGAAUCAGAUCAAUGUUCUUCCAGAUUCAAUACCCACGAGGUCAAAUCCCUCAUCUACCAGAAAAUAGGACACUCGAGAGCAAACACUUACUUCGACCACCUCGGUAAGUUCCUCACCUCGAGGAUAACCAAGUCCGAGUUCGAUAAGCUUUGCAUCAAGACCAUCGGUAGAGAACACGUCCCUCUUCACAACCGUUUGCUAAGUUCCAUUCUCAAGAACGCAGCCCUUGCUAAAUCUCCUCCUCCUCCACCACCACAGAGGUUUCUCAAGAAACCGCCUCGAAAAUGCGGGUCGAGGAAGUUUAGAGACCGGCCGAGUCCGAUUGGUCCACUCGGGAAGCCUCAAAGCAUCACCACGACCAAUGAUGAGUCGGUGUCCAAUGUACAUAGACUUCCAAUGGAAGAAGGAGAAGAGGUUGAACAGAGCUGCAGAAGAAGAAGCCCCUUAACCGCGCCGCUAGGCGUUUCCUUAACCGGAGCAGCAGGGAGAAAGUUUGUUUGCAGAGAGGGCGAGACUUGUCGAAACAGCGGCGAGCUUCCUGAUGCGGUGACCUUGAAGACUAGGUUAGAGAAGAAACUGGAGAUGGAAGGGAUAACGUUGUCAUUGGACUCUGCUGGUGUUUUGAAUAGCGGGUUGGAUGCGUUUCUUACAAGGCUGAUAAAGCCUUGUUUGAGUUUGGUCCAACGAAAACGAGUUUCUAUGUCGGAUUUUCGUGUCGCGAUGGAGCUGAAUCCACGGGUUCUUGGUGAGGAUUGGGCUAUACAUCUAGAGAAAGUCUGUUCUCGUGCUUCCGAGGCGUAAACUUGUAGAAGAAGCCAAGCCGUUAUUUUUAGCUACAUUUGAAAACUGUUGAUGAUAUUUGAUUGAUCGAUUCUUUGUCAGUAGAGUGUUGUUGAGGGGGGACAAAGAGGCUUCAGGCUGUACAAGUUCUGAAUAGUUUAUAUAUAAUAGAUAGAUAUAGUUUAAAUCACCAUUUGUUUAGAAGAUAUAUCUUUACUUCUUUUUCUGUAAUUCAAUGUAACAAAUUUUCCAUGAAAGCAAAAGAAAAUUUUAACAUCUAAA